GCUGGGAGUCGAUAGUUACAGACACAGCCUGCGUGGCUAUUACGUGACCUAACGGACGCUAGUAGAGACUCUCACAGCAUCUUAUUCUCCCGGGACAUCUUGGGCGUUAACGACAUUGAACAUCGUACGCUGUGAGAGUAUAAAAUCGAACGUAACCAUGUCCAUGCGGGUGACUAGGAACACAAUGGCAAAUGCUGAAAAUAUGAAGACAACACUUGCUGGCAAAAAACCUCUUGCGGCAAAGCCAGGCCUUAGACCUCGCACUGCCUUGGGUGACAUUGGAAACAAAGCUGAGCCAAGAGUAACUCUCAAGAAGGAAGCAACAAAGCCUUUAGUGAAAGCUGUGAAGAAACCAGCGGCCAAAGCACCAGAACCACUGAAAGUAAAAGAGAAAGCUCUUCCGAAAUCAGCCCCGAAGGUGGAACCCAGCUCACCAAGCCCAAUGGAGACAUCUGGCUGUAUCCCAGAGGAACUGUGCCAGGCCUUUUCUGAUGUUCUGAUUGAGGUGAAGGAUGUGGAUGCAGAUGAUGCUGGUAACCCCAUGUUGUGCAGUGAAUAUGUGAAGGACAUUUACUGUUAUCUCAGGAGCCUUGAGGAAGCACAAGCAGUCAGGCCCCACUAUCUCAAAGGACAUGAAGUCACUGGAAACAUGCGUGCUAUCCUGAUAGACUGGCUGGUCCAGGUACAGAUGAAGUUCCGUCUGCUUCAGGAAACCAUGUUUAUGGCUGUUGGCAUUAUUGACCGCUUCAUGCAGGAUAAUCCAGUGCCCAAGAGCCAGCUGCAGCUUGUGGGUGUAACUGCUAUGUUCCUUGCUGCCAAAUACGAGGAGAUGUACCCUCCAGAGAUUGGAGACUUCACCUUCGUGACUGAUCACACUUACACAAAGGCUCAGAUCAGAGACAUGGAAAUGAAAAUUCUCCGUGUCCUCAACUUUGCAAUUGGCCGACCAUUACCACUCCACUUCCUUAGGAGGGCAUCUAAAAUCGGGGAGGUGACUGCUGAGCAGCACAGUCUGGCCAAAUAUCUAAUGGAGCUUGUGAUGGUAGAUUACGACAUGGUGCAUUACCCUCCAUCUCAGAUUGCUGCAGCUGCUUCCUGCCUGUCUCUCAAAGUCAUGAGUGGAGGUGAUUGGACACCGACACUCCAGCACUAUAUGACUUAUCUAGAAGAAUCCCUCACUCCUGUAAUGCAGCACAUGGCAAAGAAUGUCAUAAAGGUCAACAAAGGUCUCACCAAGCACCUGACCGUGAAGAACAAAUACGCCAGCAGCAAACAAAUGAAGAUCAGCACCAUCCCACAGCUGAGGUCCUCUGUCAUUGUGGAUCUGGCCCGACCCCUUAUGUCAUAAAACAUGACUUUGUGUAAAUGUUGGCACCAUGUGCUUUUGUAAAUAGUGUCUGUUUUUAUUAUUUUUAAUAAACUUUGUUUUUACCUCUGAAA